UUUAGACUAGACGGAGAAAAGAGGCAUCAACAAUGCAGCUGUUUUAAAGAAACAAAAGUUGUCUGCUUUAUUUAGUGUACUGUAGCUAAAACUAAGUGUUUGUGUCUGUGUUGCUCUUCAUCAACAAUCAUGAAACGUGAGACUGAAGACGACUUAGAAGACAUUUCUCAGCCAAAAUUAUCAAAGUAUGGUCAGCCUCAGACUGCUGCUGCUAGUGCCACUGUGCAGUGUAUGGAAAGCGAGUCAAGAUUGGAAGCCGAGCAGGAUGGGGACAGGAUUAGUUUCAUCGGUAUGCCUUCAAAACCUAAAUCGGGUCUAGACCUGAGGAAAACCACUAUUGCUGUACAUUGGUUUCGCCAUGGCCUGCGUCUCCAUGACAACCCAAGCCUCCUUGACGCCAUCAACCUCGGUGAUGAGCUGUAUCCGAUAUUUAUUUUUGACGGCGAGGUGGCUGGCACCAAGGUUUGUGGAUUCAACAGGUGGCGUUUUCUCUAUGAAUCCUUGGAAGACAUUGACAGACGUUUAAAGGAGUUUGGUGGCAGGUUGUACACAUUCAAGGGUGACCCAUGUACGAUUUUUAGUCAAUUAAUUGAGGAAUGGGGAAUGAACUUAUUGACGUUUGAGCAAGAUCCGGAACCAAUCUGGCAAGAUCGGGACAAUGCGGUCAAGAGGCUGUGUGAGGAGCGUGGCAUCAAAUGCAUCGAAAGAGUCUCACACACCUUAUGGGAUCCCAAUGAAGUAAUCUCAAGGAAUGGUGGUUCCCCUCCAGUAACCUACGCCAUGUUCCAAGAGGUGGUCUCCAUGAUUGGACUCCCUCAUAGAGCCAACGAUGAGCCAGACUUCAGGGGAGUCAAACUGCCCAUCUGUGAGGAAACCUUUAGUACCUACAUGUUACCUCCUUUUGAAGACUUUGGAGUAAAGAUGGAGCAUGUAGAACAGGAACGACAGCUGUGGAUUGGUGGUGAAACCAGAGCCUUGGAACUCUUUGAAGUCAGAAUCCGCAAAGAAGCUGCUGCUUUCAAAGCUGGUUAUUGUCUCCCGAAUCAGUACAUGCCAGAGCUUCUUGGCCCACCCAUGAGUCUGAGCCCCUACUUGCGUUUCGGCUGUCUCUCUGUCAGGAGGUUCUACUGGCGAAUUCAUGACACGUAUACCGAGUUGAAUAAUGUCAUCUCCCCGACCCAGCUGACAGCACAGCUCAUCUGGCGAGAAUACUUCUACACAAUGUCCAUAGGAAACAAGAACUUUGACCAAAUGAACGGAAACAACAUUUGCCUUAAGAUUGACUGGAGCGAAGAUCAGGAGAAACUCCAGAAAUGGACCAAUGGUCAAACAGGGUAUCCAUGGAUUGAUGCGUGUAUGAAACAGUUGAAACAAGAAGGAUGGAUUCAUCAAGUAGCUAGGCAUGCUGUGGCUUGCUUCUUGACUCGAGGUGAUCUCUGGAUCAGCUGGGAGGAAGGACUCAAGGUGUUCUUUCAGUAUCUUCUUGAUGCAGACUGGAGCAUAUGUGCAGGCAACUGGAUGUGGAUCUCCAGCUCAGCAUUUGAGAAGGUCCUUCAGUGUCCGAACUGUUUCUGUCCAGUGCGCUACGGCCGUCGUAUGGACCCCACUGGAGAGUUUGUCAGGAAUUUUUUGCCAGUACUUCGGAACAUGCCACUGCGAUAUUUAUUUGAACCUUGGAAAGCCCCUCUUGCCAUCCAGGAAAAAUCCGGUUGCAUCAUCGGUAAGGACUACCCUGAACCGAUCGUAGAGCACCGCAUUGCCGCAUCCAGCAAUCGUGAGAAGAUGAAUAGAACCGUGGCUCGUCUUGAAGACAAAUUUUCAUACUGCACUCCGUCCAGCAAGACAGAAGUUCUGGAGUUCUCAUGGCUGCCUGAAACAGCCCGAGGAGUUGAUAAAUGCACUGCCGAUGAUCUGUGCGAAAUUCUUGGGAUCUAGAUCCUCCCUUUGACCACUCCUCUGGCCCGCCCCUUUCUUUCUCCCUUUCUGUUCAUUUGAUGGAUUUUGUUGAGAAAGGCUUUGAGUUGCAAUUGUUUCUGUAUUUUAGCAAGGUGAGAGUAACAAGGCUGGCAACUCUACCUGUUUCUACAAAGAGUUCCCUGAAAAUGAAUCAUUACAUGUUAUGACAAACUGACUUGGAAAUCUUAUUUGUUAAGAAAGGCUUUGUGGUUCAACUUUUGUCUUUCUUGAAGGCAGUUGAGAUUAACAGAGCUGUCAACUCUCCAUGAUUCUACAAAAAAGUUCACUGAAAAUAAAUUUUUCAACUUUUUGAUAAACAGACUUGGAAAUUUCAUUUGUUAAGAAAGUUUUUGUGUUUUCAUUUUCUUGUUUUGUUGGAAGGUGAGAGUAUUUAACAGAGCUGUCAACUCGCCCUUAUUUUACAAAAAGUUCCCUAAAUAAAAUCUUUUAAUGUUUUGGUAAACAGACUUGGAACAUCUUCCUGACUAUGGAAACCAUAUUCCUAUUAAGUUGAAAGUAAUUCUAACUAUCUCCCUGAUUGGGGUACAAAUGCAAAUUUGUCAAGGACUAAUUUUUGUUGUGUUUUUUUUGUUUUUUAGGGAUUUUUACUGCCCCUUGAACACCCAGCUAGCAGGGUGGAUAUGUGUGCAUUACAGGUCUUUAUUAUUAUACUUAUUAUUAAAUGUUGGCAGCUCUAGAGUAAGGUGCAAUUUAUACAAUGUAAAAGUUGUAAUAUUUUAUUAUGUCCUUUUUGGCUAGUAAAUAUAUAAAUGACAGCAAAUUUAAUGUAAUUUUUUGUUCGUAGUAUUUUUUUCUUAGCUCACUCACCUUAAACAAAAGCAACUCAACAAAAUGUAAAAGCUUGCCGCACUUUCCAUUAUCUGCUAUGAAUUUAUGUAAAUUGUGUUUAUAUACGAUCUGCAAAGUGUGUGUGUUUCCUUAUAAAGUAUGUUAUGCUUUUAAAGAAACAAGAAUUAAUGUGUGUGACUAACAUUAAGUUAAAAGUUGAUGUAAUGAUUGGGUUGGGAUUAAAAAAAUUAUUUUCCUUUUACUCUUACACUUAACUGUAUUUUUGCAGUUUUUUCUUGUGACUCAAAAUGACUGAUUGAGCUCAUACUUUUACAGGGUUGUUAUUUCAUAUUAUGUGGUAUCACAUCAAGUGUUGAUACUGGUCUUUGAUAAACACCAAUGUGACACAUUCAUUAAUAUCCUUGAUGCAAAUUUAACAUCUAUUAAAUCGUUUGCAAUACCUGCUGCUAAACAUAGGAUUCGAACUGCCUCU